AUGUUGUACGGCAACUGUAACUGCAAACUAAAGGAGUUUGUUUCGGGCAAGUCUGAUGCAUGGCUAACUCUGUUAGAUAUUUGGAUACUAAUGGCUUUUUCUCUUCCAGAGGGCAAAUCUGCAUGUAUCAGAUUUCUUAGACGCUGGAGUAGAAUUGUAGUUGAAGCUGCACUUCUCAUUUCUUUGAUAGUGAUGGGAGUUAAAACCCAGCAGUCAUGUCCACUCUUCAACGCUGCCUCAUGUCCAAUGAACCGUUCCACCCCCUCGUGUGUGGACGGCUGGGUCGGAUACCGAGGGAAAUGUUACUAUUUCUCAGAGGCUGAAGGGAACUGGAACAACAGCCAGAGCCACUGCUCUGCCCUCAGUGCCUCCCUGGCUGUGAUUGACACCUGGCAGGACCUGGACUUCGUGCUGCAAUAUAAAGGCACCACAGAUCCAUGGAUUGGUCUCCGGAGGGGCUCCAAUCAUCACUGGAAAUGGGCAAAUGGCACCAAAUUCAGCAACCUAUUUGAAGUCAGAGGAGAUGCAAACUGCGCAUUUCUGACGGAGACUGCUGUCAGCUCUUCAAGGUGCUACACCGUGAGAAGCUGGAUCUGCAACAAACCGUAUGCGUAAUAGAUGAAGGGAAAG